GACUACCACGAUUGCCUUUCUUAGACAGCGCAAUGCAUGAGCGCCCGAUGUUCCAGAAUGCGAAACUUGAACGAUCACCGAACAAUAAUGAAAGGCGACUUGUCUCAGCAUCUAGUCUUGGGUACUCCUUCUUGUUGUGGUAUUGCAUGGGCAUCCGGGCAGUCAAGAUAUUUUUGAUACCCUGGUCACUACGCUGGGACCCUCAGGAAUUAGAGCUCAUUCAAAUCGAAACUAACUACCCGAAACGGCCCUCUUACUGUACCAUUUUCCUGCGACGAAGCCUUCACGUCGUGUUUUAGCACACUUGGGUGUAUGUUAGCUCUACCAUUAUCUUUCACCUGGACCAAGCUUCGACGAUUGUUGCUGUCUUUCAAAGUUCGUUGCUGGGUCACACCUCAGGAAAUUGCAUGACGGUCCAUACACACACACAUAAAACCGCACGUUUAUUGCUUCACCAUGGUACUCUUUCCUCGAUUCUGGCGCGGACUUCCCUAUCCGCCUGAGUACCUCGCCGACGUAUACCGGGAAAUGGAUAUGGUGGAGGAUCCAAAUCUGUAUAAGGCUCAUGAUACACCUGUCCCUCCGCCUCCAGCACUGUCUGCACCGACCCUCCGACAAAGCGCGCCAGCAUCUAUCGAUAAGUUCUACCGUCCUUCCGGCCAGUUUCAAAAUCGCGUACUCUCAUACUGCUGUAUAUUCCUGACGUUAUAUGUUAUAAUAGAGCCAUUACUUGUUCGUUCUCCUUUUGGUCUUGCAACCAAGGGCGCAAAGGGUUAUGAGGACAAGUUGGUCAAGGGCUUGAUCAAGACACAAUUUCAGGACAAGACGGACAUUGACUAUGACGUUAUCGACUUCGUACAGCAUGUGUGGAAGUUCAAGCCUGAAGACAUCCCAUAUUCUAGCUAUGAAUUGGACAGGGCGAAUUGUCAUUCAUAUGCUAAGCUAGAAUACGAGCGUAUCGACGGGAUCUCGUACCAGGAGAUCACUGGAGAACGGGCGUGCUGCAGUGCUUUCGAGAACAUCAUUCGCGGUGUCUGUCAUGAGCUCACUCCGGCCAUACCCUCCGAUGAACGGGAAUUUCCUCUCGUCUUCAGUUUCCUGCAUGACAGAACGCCGAAAGGUGACUAUGGGAAGUUCAAGCCUGACUUUGGAUAUGCACCGGCUGUGGAGGUGAACGAACAUACAUGGGCGCAUUGGGGAGCAUAUGGAGAAUUGAAGAAGAAGCGGGUCACGCCGAAUAUGAGACCAACUACUCGGAUCGUCGUCACCAAGACGAUGAUUGAAAGGCUUGUGAAGGAGUGGGAAUUGCGACAAGAACCUGACAAGAGGAAGGACACGGAUUCGUCGUCUUCUGUGUCCACAUCAAGUCAUGCAACUCCGUCCUCUGUGGCUUCACCAACCACACAGUCGCAGAAGCGAAAGGCAAAGGCACCUGCUGAACCUCGUGCAUCGAAGCGAACGAAGACUUCACACGGAACGCGGAAGAGUGUUGAUCUGACAGGGAACGAGAUCCAGUCGGCGAAGUAUGCGAACGAGCUCUUGUCCCAUGGCAUCCGUAACUACGCGACCGGGUUCCUUGUGGAAGAGACGAGUAUGUCGCUGUGGUAUGUUGACCGGAUGGGACUAGUAAAGUCACGAUCAUUCGACAUAUUCCGCAACCCGCAACUGUUUCUCCUCGUCAUUGCUGCCCUACACUUCGCCAAUCGAGCUCAACUGGGGAUGAACCCACUGAUUGAGUUCCCUCCCGGCGUUUUCCAAAGCUACGACAGAGCUGUGUUGAGACUGCCUCGUGCUGUGGACCAUGCGAAGGAGCCAGUGGAGGAACUGACAUUCGGUUUGCGCAUCACGAAGGCGAAGCCUCUGGUCGUCGCGUACGGUGCUCUUGGACGUGGUACCACGAUCAUUCCUGUUAAGGCUCAAGGUCGGGCGAGGGAGUUAUUCGGGAGUGAGAAUUUGGUUGUGAAGAUGUCGUGGCAACCUAUCAAUCGCGAGGAUACGGAGGACCAGUUGAUUAGAGUGAUUCGACGGAAGUUGGGCAAGCGGAAGAAGACACGUCGUUACUUGAAGCAUAUCGUCGAUCUCAAGUGUUCGCUGGACCUGACGGAUGCGGAGCUGGACCUUCCUCGCGCAUCGAUGAUGGUACCGGAAGCAUAUGAGCCUCGCCUGUUCCGUGUGCUGAUCCUGAGGGAGUAUCUUCCUCUUGAAUAUGUAAGGAGCCUGGAUGACUUCCGGCGUAUUUUCAUCGCUGCAGUGAAAGCGCACCACAAGGUCUAUGAAAUUGUGGGCGUCCUUCAUUGUGAUAUCAGUGCAGGGAACGUCGUAUUCUAUCGCGAUAAUGUUGGUCAUGCGAUCGGCGUGCUGGCAGACUGGGACCUUGCGGCUUAUAAGCUGAACCCUGACGAUGUUGAGAAAUGGAUGCAGCUCGUGGAAGCUAAAGGUACGGAACGGCCCUCUCAAUGCUCGGAAUCUCAAGGAGACAAGGAUUCGGAUGCCACCCUUCCUGACGGCGAUUCAUCUCCCUUGGACAAUCAUGGGAAGAGAGGGCCUCGGUACAGGACAGGGACGGGUCCAUUUAUGGCAUUUGAUCUUCUGGACAGUCUUCCCGUGUUUCAUGGAUAUCGUCAUGACCUAGAGUCCUUCUUCUAUCUGCUGUGUUAUUUCUGCGCAACGUUCAACCCUCCAAAGCCUUCGGAGUCUAAGGGGACCUUCCGGUUUCUAGCUGGGUGGGAAAACGGAAACCUCUCGGCGGUUGCAAAGGCGAAAACGGACUUCCUGUUGAGAAAGAAAGAUAACCCGGAAGACAAGCUGGACGCGUUUGAUUCGCUCUUCGAGAAUACCCACAAGGACUAUCGUUCGGUAGUGUUCAAAUGGAUAUACCCUCUUCGGAACCAGUUCAAGGUGGUAACCAGGGUCUCUGUAGAUAUCUCAGCGACCAUUGGAGACAUGAGGGAAGAGAAGAAGAAAGGCAACGUUAGGAAGGAGAGACAACUGGCGAAGAUGCUGAAGAAGCAGUGUGCAGACGCAGAUGAGUGCUUCACCUAUGAGAAAUUCAUGGACGUGGUAUUGUCAUGAAGAGGCUGAAAUGUAUACUAUCCAACCUUUUGUAUCGAUAUCGGUUAUCGCAAGUUCUAUAAAAUAUAUAGUUGCCUCUUUUUUUAAAAAAGGUAGGUGUUUGGCAUUGCUGAGCAGGUCCUCUACUUAGCCUGGACUCGGCUCAGGCUCUUGACUGGGACAUAUGCCAGUACGCCGCGUUUUAUGUAUACCUGGAAGGCGGCAAGUGUUUCCUUUGCUUCUGUGUUUUUGGCAUGGACGAGCUUGAAACUUUCUUGCGCAAACACCCAGGACCUUGGGCGCUUGAUCACGGUUGUAUCGAUCAUGAUAGGACUCAAAUCAAUUUAGAAAUGAGUA